CUCUUCAAGCGUCGUGUUGCGUGGAAGUAAAAUAACAAAGUUAAGACAUUUGUGAAUCAGCAACAAGUUUUAAGUUCGUUUAACAUUCGUGGCGAUUUCUUGUAUUCAAAAUUCUUAAUUUUGGUAACCGCUAGAAAAAUUAAUCAUUUUAGGAAUCAAUGAUGAUUUAAACAUUCAAGAAUGUUUCGUAAAUUAAUUGUCUUGUUGAUAUUUGGUGAAUUGCUUGUUCAAGAUGUUUUGUGUAUCGACCUGGUAUCAUUUUUCUCACAAAGUGGACUGCAUGGUGAAGUUCACUUUACAAAAUCAUCAAAUGAUCCGCAGCUUGUGAAAGUGAAAACAUUUUUGGAGACGACAAUUCAAUACCCAGAGCAGAGUUGGUCGUGGGGCGUUCAUCAGAACCCCGUUGAUUACACAAUUGUUGAUCCAGUUGAAAGAUGUAAUUUGAAUCGUAUUGGACCAGAGAUUAUCAGAUUUGAUGAUCUGCUUGGUUUCUUGCAACUGCCUGGCAAUGAAUCAUCAGUUUGGGAUGACGUUAAAGUCAACUUGACAGGUGAUAGCGGUUUAUGGGGACGAUCAUUAGUAAUGUUCAGCCCUGAUACAAACUUUCGUAUUUGUUCUACGAUAUCAACCAAAACGUCAUCCAUGGAGUAUAUCGCUGAGGCGAAGUUCCGUGCUGGUGUUGCGGGUUCCAUACAUUUCAGGUGGCUGAAAUCUAAAAAUUCCUUCAACUCCGAACUUCUCAUUCAUUCAAAUCUUUAUCACAUUCAAGAUUCUAACAAACAUUUCCAACCAAGUUUAAGUUCAUCACAUGCAUGGAAAAUUUACACAACUGACAUCUUUGAUCAGACAACUGAUCGAAUUGAAGAGAAUUGUAAUGUCUUGCAAGUAAUUUAUGAUCCGCAAAAUUAUGGAGCUGGUAAUUCAAUAGGAGAUAUUGAUUUGCGUGUUGGAAAUCUCAACAUCAGUGAAGAUAUUCAGAAGAUUAGCAUCAUUCAAAUGUUUCGUGAUGAUAAAUUGCAACUGUUGCCAGUUGAUUUAAGUGGACCCUCAAGGAAGCUUUACGUCGUCAUAACAGAUCACAGAGACAACUUUUUAGCUUGUGCGAAAAUUCGACAAAUUAAAACAAAAGUUCUUAAAUCAGUGAUCAACUCGAAAGGAAUUAAAGGUGAAGUAACGAUCACACAAAGAUCGAAAUUUGAACCGACUUGGUUGAAUUUUACCUUCACAUCAACCGAUGGUUCUCUUCAAAGUAACUUUGAAUAUGCGAAGAACAUUGCAAGUUAUAAAAUUCAUGAACUUCCACCAUCGCCACUUUAUGCUGAUUCAGAUCUUUAUUGCAACACGACUGGAAUGAUUUACAAUCCGAUGAAGAUGGAGAAUCACAAUUUACCACCGCCUGGCCUCGGAACACAAGAACAAUAUUUCGUUGGUGACUUAUCAGGAAAGCUGACAGGUCGUAAUAAAAUGGAAAAACACAAUUUUGUUAUUCAAGAUGGAACGAAUGAAUUAAAUGGCAUGUAUUGGGAUUUAUUUCUGCCUCUAUUCGGAAAACAUUCAAUUGUGAAUCGAGGAUUUUCAAUGAAUUUAUAUGAUCGAUCAAAUAGCGAGAAUGUGACAGAAUUCACAUUUGGUUGUGGCGUUUUAUCACUUUACGAACAUAAUCAGAAACAUCAAUUGCAAAUACAAACAGCGCAAGUUCUUUUCCGGUAUCCAAUUGUUGGAAAGAUUCUCUUCAGACAGCCAAAAGAUGAGCCAUGGCAUGACACAACAGUCUUAAUCGAAUAUCUAAUUCAUGCUGAUGGUUCAAGUGUCAACAAUUCUGAUUCACAUCGAUGCAUUAUGGGGAAGUCGAUUGUAAUUUUUGAUGAUCAUGGACCGGUUGCAAGAGGUGAAAGACUUGCAUGUUCAAUAAUUGGUGGAUUUCAUAGAAGGAAAUUGGUAGCGAAAGAUUGGUUCGCAAAUGGUGGUGACUUAACAGUAAAAGGAAGAGUUGAAAUGCUUCAACAAUCUGAAUAUGAAUUGACAAAUGUUGAUGUGGAUUUUAAAGGUUUAAAUGACAAUUCUGGUUAUCAUGUUCAUGUGACACCAGUUGAAGGAGAUUUAGAGUUUCCAUGUGAAGGUUCAACGCUUUAUGGUCAUUGGAAUCCACGAAAUUUUGAUCCACAUACGUCACCAGCACCUGCUAAAGGCAGCACAGAUCAAUACGAGAUGGGAGAUUUAAGUGGAAAGUUUGGAACACUUGACGGCUUAACCGAUUAUAAAUCUUCUUAUAACGACAGUCGUUUACCACUUUUCGGAUAUGAAAGUCUCAUUGGAAGAUCGAUUGUGAUUCACAAAAGGGAGAAAAAGCUUCGAUGGGCUUGCAGUAGCUUAGAACGUGGUUACAGUCCGAGUGAAGCACGAGAAAUUCGGGCAAUUGCAUCGUUUCAUAAUCCAAAUGGCUUUGCUUACGGCUACAUGAGAAUGACGCAACUUAUUGGAAAUGAUGGAAGUCAAAGUGACACAAUUAUUGAAAUAAAGUUGCGUCAUCCUGGUGAACAAGACAAGAAUAUAACGAGAAAUCAUCAUUGGAAGGUUUUCGUCAAUCCAAUUGGUGUUGAUGCGACUGUUAAAACUUAUGCUACGAGAUGUGUUGCUGGUGGCUACACUUGGAAUCCAUUUUAUACACAAUUAGCUGAUCCACUUAAUGAUGAUCUUUAUCGACAAGAAUGUGGACCAGACAAUCCUUUGAGAUGUUAUGUCGGAGAUGUUUCAGCACGUCUUGGAACUAUCGACAUUGGUCUUGAACGUAGUGUCAAGUCAGAUCCAAAUUUUCCCUUAGAAGGCGAUGUCAGUGCUUUGGGAAGAUCGAUUGUCAUUCUGGCACCGAAUCAUGCCAGUGACAAAUAUGCCUGUGCCAACAUUGAAGCUGAUCAUGACAUUAUCAAAUAUGUCAACAUUGAACGACCACCAAGAUUUGUUUUAUCGCAAUUUAUUGAUGACGUGAGAAAAAUUAUGGGAAUUCCCGAAUGGUUUCUUAUCAUCGAUUCAAGAACAACACAAAUCUUGCAUGGUGGUGCUUGUGUUGCAUUUAAAAUUCAUUUCAAGGGUCCAAAGGCACAUCAAAUGGAACAAGAUUUUUCAAGACUGAUCGCGACAGGGCGACUAGAUGAACCGACUCUUUACAUUCCAGGAUAUAUAAAUCCAAAGAGAAAGAAGACGAUGAGUUACAGGACGUGUAGUGUUAGAGAUCCAAAUGAUAAAAACAAAAAAAGAAAAUUUCGGAUCCAAACAUUAACCAGAAGUGCAGCGUAUCGAUUUGAUUCAAAGUAUUUGUUAGUAUUGGCUGUUAUUUUAUUUAACAUUUUUAAUUAAUUGAGAUUAGUAAUGAAUAAAACUUGAAUAAAAAUUUACCCUUUUAUUUCAUUUUCUUUUGGUUUUCUGUAAUCGAAAGUUCCAAAUUGAAUGUUGAAGCUACUUGCGCAAAUAUCUGCGUAAGUUUUGUCGCAUUGCAAUUUUUUGUUGUUCCAAACACUGCCUGAUGGGCAGUCUUUGAGUUUCGGUGUGCUGUCUUCGCAAACGAAAUAU